AUGAAGAUGGACAUUGACGAAAGGCUCCGCGGAGACGUCAUCGAAAGUUACCAGAAACUAGAGGCGUAUUUCAAGUUGAUGGAGGAGAAAAACCCCAAUCCUACUUAA